CACAGUAGUGGGACGGCCCAGCCGUGCUGAGCUGCUCGGCUUGUCUUCUCCACCGCUCUCCCACUAGUGAGUCUAUGAGCUCCACUUCAGCACUUUACAUGACUGGAAAAAAUAAGGUAGACACGAAUUUAGCCGCUUUUGACGUAGUAGACAGAUUUGUGCUGACGGUUUGACGUAGUUUUUUUUUUUCGAGGAAGGAGACGGAACUGAUAUGCUGCAUUUUUCUCUAGGAAACGUUAGAAAUAUUUGAUGUGAGCGCUUAGCUAACAAGCUAACUGGAACUGUUUUCAGAAACAAGCUAGUUAGUUAGCUUGCUAACAAGCUAGCGAACCUUUUUUUUUGUGGUGAUGUAACUGGCUAUAGAGGCAGUAAAGGACCAAACCGGACCAGAAUCUCAUGUGGGACAUGAAUGGUUCAGAGCUCCGCCAAGAGCUUGGAUUGCAGCCUUAGCGGAGCCUUUAGACUGGAUUUGAGAGACAAUAGUCAGCUGGCUAGGCAACAAGUCUAGCUCACUCUGCUCCUCCAACUCAAGUAUGUACUCUUAUGGCUUGUUGUUUGUUGAUAUCCGGAUUUGGUAGGAACAAUUGAGGCAAAAACUACCCCUCUGGAUCUAAAAAGGUGGUGUUACGCCAAGAAAGUGUAGUGCGACUUGUGAUGCCGAGAUCUGAGUCCGCCCGGUAGUUUGGGAAAGCUGUUGUUAGUUUCUCAGCAUCAUUUCAACUGACGAGGAGGCGAGGUGGAUGGACAUUAAAAAUCGCCCACAUGCGUUGGAUCAGCUCCCGGACUUGUGAAAGGCAUCUGAAGCAGAAGGAGGGAGACUUGCAGCCCGGGGGAAGAUGGCGGAGCGCUCCCACAGGAGGUGGUGAGACCCAAACUUCACAACUUGUCGGAUUCAUAGACGCGCACCUUACUUCUGACCGCUGGACACAUGCAGGCCAAAAAACGAUACUUAAUUCUGUUCUCCACCGGCGCCUGUCUCGUUCUGCUGUUUUGUUUCGGGGGGAUCCAGGUCCCGCUGUCCAGACGGGGUCCCAGCCGGCGCGAUGACCGCAGCCUGGCCGGCUUUCACCCCGGGGCGCGGUGGCGUCGCUUUCAGGGAUACUUGCAAUCUUUCAGCACCUUGGAAAAGGAUCGGAACGAGGAUCCCAAUGAACAUAUGUCUCCUAGACAAAAGAGGGACGCCAACUCAUUCCUGUACACUGGAAAACGAUGCAGAAUGGAGUCCUGUUUUGACUUCUCUCUGUGUGAGAGGAAUGGCUUCAAGGUUUAUGUUUAUCCGCAGCAGAAAGGAGAAAAGAUCUCUCAGAGCUAUCAGAACAUUUUGACCUCCAUAGAGGGCUCCAGGUUUUACACACCAGACCCAGGACAGGCCUGUCUCUUUGUCCUGAGUUUGGACACACUUGAUCGGGACCAGCUUUCACCUCAAUAUGUGCACAACCUAAAGGCUAAAAUCCAAAGCCUUCCUCUGUGGAAUGAAGGCAGAAACCACAUUAUCUUCAAUUUAUAUUCCGGGACAUGGCCAGAUUACACAGAAGAUCUCGGCUUUGACAUCGGCUUUGCCAUGUUGGCCAAGGCCAGCAUAAGUACAGAAAACUUUAGGCCUAAAUUUGAUGUUUCUAUCCCUCUAUUUUCAAAAGACCAUCCCAGGACAGGGGGAGAAAGGGGCUAUUUGAGACAUAAUACAAUCCCACCUUAUAGGAAGUAUGUGCUUGUUUUUAAGGGGAAGAGAUACCUGACUGGAAUAGGGUCAGACACAAGAAAUGCUUUAUACCAUGUACAUAACUCACAGGAUGUGGUCCUCCUCACCACCUGUAAGCAUGGCAAGGACUGGCAGAGGCACAAGGAUGCCCGCUGUGAUAAGGACAAUGCUGAGUAUGACAAGUAUGACUACAGAGAGAUGCUGUACAAUUCCACCUUCUGUCUGGUUCCUCGGGGUCGAAGGCUGGGCUCCUUUCGUUUCUUAGAGGCUUUGCAGGCAGCCUGUGUGCCAGUGAUGCUCAGCAACGGCUGGGAGCUUCCCUUCUCCGAAAUCAUCGACUGGAACACAGCAGCUGUCAUUGGGGAUGAGAGGCUGCUGUUACAGAUCCCUUCAACAGUUCGGUCCAUCCACCAGGAUAAAAUUCUGUCUUUGAGGCAGCAGACGCAGCUGCUGUGGGAGGCUUACUUCAACUCUGUAGAGAAGAUAGUACUGACCACGCUGGAGAUAAUCCAGGACCGGGUGCUGGAGCACACCUCCAGAAGUAGCCUCAUGUGGAAUAGCCUUCCUGGGGGCCUCUUCACUCUGCCUCAGUACUCCACACAUCUGGGAGACUUCCCCUUCUUCUACGCUAAGCUGGGUAUCAAGCCGUACCCAAAGUUUACAGCAAUCAUCCAUGUGGUCACCCCGCUGGUCUCUCUGUCCCAGCCAGUGAUGAAGCUGCUUGUGGCUGUGGCUAAAUCCCAGUACUGUGCUCAGGUGAUCGUUCUUUGGAACUGUGACAAGCCUCUUCCUGCCAAGCACCGCUGGCCCACAAUCUCAGUCCCUUUUAUUGUCAUAGAGGGAGAAAGCAUGGUUAUAAGCAGCCGCUUCCUUCCCUACGAUACCAUCCCCACUGAUGCUGUGCUCAGUCUGGAUGAAGACACGGUGCUUUCCACCACAGAGGUGGACUUUGCCUUCACGGUGUGGCAGAGCUUCCCUGACCGCAUCGUCGGCUACCCGGCCCGCAGCCACUUCUGGGACGGCAGCAAGGAGCGCUGGGGCUACACCUCCAAAUGGACCAAUGACUACUCCAUGGUGCUGACCGGAGCCGCCAUCUAUCACAAAUAUUACCACUACUUGUACACCACCUACCUUCCAGCCAGUCUGCGGACAAUGGUGGACCAGAUGUCCAACUGCGAAGACAUUCUUAUGAAUUUCCUUGUUUCAGCAGUGACUAAGCUACCACCCAUUAAGGUCACACAAAAGAAACAAUACAAGGAAACCAUGAUGGGCCAGAGCUCCAGAGCGUCCCGCUGGGCCGACCCGGACCAUUUCGCUCAGCGUCAGACCUGCAUGAACAAGUUUGCCAACUGGUUUGGCACCAUGCCUCUGGUCCACUCGCAGAUGAGGUUGGACCCGGUCCUGUUCAAAGACCAGGUGUCGAUACUGAGGAAGAAGUACAGGGAAAUCGAGAGGCUAUAGCCGUGCUGAGCCCCCUGUGCUCUGUGGACACAACGGCUGUGGAGCGAGUCGGGGGCUGACCGUACGGCAUCAUGGAUGGAUCUGUGGGUGAGAGGUGAAGACACUGAAGCAAACAUGAAGGACCUAUUUUUCUGUCUCCUCGGGUUCUCCUCUCCACUCCUGCUGUCUUGUGGACCGAUGCUGGACAGCAGUGCUCUCUGUGGAUCCAUCCUGACUGCACCUGAACAGUUAAAUCAGCUCACGCCAUCAGAAAUGAUUGCUUUGCUGCAAAAAUGUCCCAACGUCAACAAAACCCACUGGACGGGACACUUCUCUGUCUGUACACUAUGCACAGAUCUGUGAACAUUUUUGCUGACACGAUAUUAAUAACUACGAAGAUGAUAACACUAUUUUGGAUUGUGUUUAACUAUUUUUUUAUACUGUGUACAAAUGGCCAGCAUGACUCUGUGUCUCUCUAUUGUCUUAAAGAAGGAGGGAUAAAGAAAAUCCCCUCGGAGCCCCAGAGCUGGGUGGUGAUUGUUGAUCUGACAGUGCCUCAGCAUUUAUCAAAAGGUGUUUGGUUCUGAGAUUCUGACAAAUAGAAGACUGGGGGCAGAUUCUGCCCCUUGAUAGCGCUGCUUUUUUUUUGUCUUUUAUCAUUAUCUGUUUUUUUUCCCAUGUAACUGAUAAUAUGCUGCAUUUCCCAGUUCAGCACAGAGAGAUAAGAAUGUUUCAAUGCAGUCGAACAAACACAAUUGUCUGUGUGCCAUUCUGAACAACUCCUCCCCUAAAGCCAACAUGCUCAGAUAAACAUGUUGAUUGAUGCCCCUCGGCAAUGCAGUAAGGUUGUUUCAUUUCUGUUCUCUUCAUUCCUAAUGACUCAAAUUAAAUAACGGAACUGGUUAGAAACAUGUUAGCCUGAGUAAUAUGUAAGCCUUCAUGUGUUUUGCCUUGAAAGGAGGCUGAGCUUACUAACCAGACAAAAUUGGGGCUUCUUGAAUCAAAUCCACUGUGAAAUCUAUUGAACUUUUUCUUUUUUUUUUUGGUUAGGGUUAGCGACAGAUCUUAGUUUUUCGUCAUUGUCUGAAUGCAGUAAACCCAGUUUCCAUUUGCCAAGUGACAGAUCUGGCUGUUGCUAAAGGAACAAGCACCUAACAUGGGGAAUCAGCUUCUGCAGGCUGUUCACCAGCUUCAGGUGAAUAAAAGAGGCUUCUGUUUUUAGUUUUGAUAAGAUGAAUGAAGAGCUUCUGUAGUUUUUUAGCUACAUUUGGGUCGCACUACAGAGCCAGCUUGUUGGACCUAAAGCUAUCCACAGAGGCUUCUGCCAAACGUUGGGGGGAGAUGGAGUUGUUUUUAUGCUGCUGGUUUAUUAGGUUAACUCAAUUAUAAUCAGUUCACUUAACGGUCUUGUUCUGUAUCUUUUUCUUUAAAAUUUCAUAUCAUUAUCAGAGAUCUAACUGCUGAGGUUUAAUCAGGAGCUGUCGACGUGAAGCAGGAACUGGGAUCUACCAGCAGCUCCUCCAACUCCUCCUGUCCGAUGAAGGAGAUGGUUGCUUUAGUGAGCUCAUUCACUGACCCCCUUUAUGUGCCAUUUGUUUCCAUCUUCCCAUCUGCAGUAGGGAAUGUCAUACCUUCCCUUCUUCGUUAUGUUUUUUCUUGCUGGAAUUUGAGCGAAAACGAAGGAAAAUAUUUUUUUUUUUUUAUGUUUGCUCCACAGAGGAGAGUGCUUUGUCACUGCCCUCUGAGAAAGUCAUCAGCUGAGUAAACGGGACAAUGGAAUCAGAUCUGUUUUAAAAAUGAAUAUGUGCAAUAUUUUCUUUUCCUGUGUGUUGAUGUUUCAGAGGAUGAUGGUUAUAGAUCAAUGUGCCUUCAGGGGAAAAAAAAAAGUACACUUCAGAUUUUUAUUUUUCAUCAGAACAUGGUCCUAUUAUCAUUCUUUGGUUGCUUUCUGUUAGCCAAUGGUUCUUUUAAUGAUUCAACACUAUCAUCUUGAUUUACAGUCAAACAUUUUUAAAUGCUGUCUCUGGUUUCCCUUUUUUUCUGGAAGGUUUGUUGUGGUCUCGUUUCACCCAUCUCCACUUACUGCCUUGUGUUAGGUUGUGAAGUUCCACCCCCUCCUUUGUGUUUGCCACAGCUGUAGUACUUUUACGGAUUUGUCUCAGACACAUCUGACAGGAUUGUCUCUAAAAUGAACCUGCCUGCUUCUAUCACUCUCUUCAGCACCGCCACACCUUUGUUUUGUUCAGAUGGAAAGAUGGUGAAAGAAAUCAUGGUUUUGUUAAUUAAUUUUAUAAAACAAAUUGAAACAAUCGUCAAAUAAAAAUAUUUGGUAUAAAC